ACCUCUUCCAUUCCAAACCCAUGUAAGUUACAGCCCGAUGGUCUCUAGAAGAGAACCCGAAAUUUUCACGAUGGCAGAAAAAGAAAGACUCGUUGGAAUUGAAGAAGAAGAAGAAGAAGUAUGGAGCUGGGGAGCAGGAACCGAUGGACAGCUAGGGACUGGAAAACUUCAAGACGAACACCUCCCUAUUCAACUCCACAUCGGUGCUGUUGGUGGUCCCGUAUCUCUCCUCUCCUGCGGCGGCGCCCACGUCAUUGCUCUCACUACCGGGGGGAGAGUGGUGACCUGGGGAAGAGGAAAUUGCGGUCAGCUGGGUCAUGGGGAUAUGGUCAGCAUUUUGCAACCGAAGCCUGUCGAGUUCUUUGAGGGCUUCGUUGUGACUCAUGUUUCUGCCGGAUGGAACCACUCUGGCUUUGUUACAGAUACCGGAAGGCUUUUUACAUGCGGAGAUGGCUCUUUUGGUCAACUUGGGCAUGGUGAUUACAAGUCAAAUAGCUUUCCUGUAAUGGUUUCAUACUUUGCUUCAAGGCGUGUUGAGCAGAUAGCAUGCGGAAUGCGCCAUUCAUUGGUCUUGUUGGAAGGUCAUUCUGGAGAUAGAGUAUACGGAUUUGGAUCUGGCAAGCGUGGUCAACUGGGCAUUUCCGAGGAUAAAGUUGGAUCAAUAUGCCUUCCUCAAACUACCACAGGAUUGGAAGAUGCCAAUAUUUUGGGUAUCAAUGCAAAUGGAGACCAUAGUGCAGCAUUAUCUGCUGAAGGGUGUCUGUACACCUGGGGAAGAGGAUUCAGCGGUGGUUCAGAUGUUAACAAUCCCCAGCGUUUGAGUUCAUCUUUAUCUUUUAUCCAGGUGGCUCUUGGAUGGAAUCAUGCUUUACUAUUAACAAGUGAGGGAGAAGUCUAUAUGCUUGGAGGCAAGCACCAUGGGUGGCUCAGUGAAUCUCAGAGGAUGAACCCGGCGAAACAUUUGUCUGAAGGUUCAAAGGAAGUCGAGCUUGGUAAGAUCCCUGGUCUCAAUGGGAUAAAAGUUCUUCAGAUUGCGGCAGGAGCUGAACACUCGGCUCUAGUAACAGAAAAUGCAUUAGUAAUGACAUGGGGUUGGGGUGAACAUGGUCAGCUUGGCUUGGGGAGUACCGUUGAUCAGACUAGUCCUCAGGUUGUUAAACUUGAACACAAACCUCCUACCAUACACGGCAGAACUGAAGUUUUUUGUGGAAGUGGGUUCACAUUUGCUGUUAGGCAUCUCAAAUGAAUGACAGUCUUGUCUUCCUUUCUAACAAAUAUGUUGAAGGAACAUGUCCUUGCUCUGUCCAGUGAGAGUACCAGAGGACCAUAACAGGAUGGGAUUAAAAGGCGGCUCAAUGCCCGCGGAGCCACAGCUGCAGCUGGUGAAUGUCCUUUCAGACGACUGCUCUGAUGCUGAGUGAAGCCAUGGCAUCUUGCUCAACCAUUUUUAGCCGCAUGGCCGAUGUGGUUCAGUGACGCUUGGAAGCUGGCACAGGAACCGAGAUCAUUGGUUAAGAGUUUGCAUCUUUCCCCCCUCCCCAUAUUGUAAAAGGAGAGACGCAAAAGGUAGUUCGUAACCUAAAAUUUGCCAACUGUUGGGUACGCAAUAAUCUUGGUGGAGAUAUUUAUGCAGUAUCUUGAAUGAUUUUUAGAAUAUUUUCACAUUCUAUUUGAUCUCAAUGCUUGUAUGUUCCAUUUCAAAGAGAAAAGGUUGAAUUAUGUAGUACAACUAUUUUUAAUUUGAUGACGAAGUUCUUUUUA